UGACAUUUGAUAAGUGGGACUCGGAGAAGGAAGAGGUCAAGAUGAUUGCACUCAAGGUUCUCGUUGUGAUGGCUUUAGGCUUUGCUCUUUCUCACGCACAAGAUAAUCUGACGAAUUACGGAAAAUGGUGCGGGAAGGCAAGAACUGGUAUCUGGCCCUGGGUGAAACCAGGGUACUGUAAAUGUGAUGACCCGAAGGAAACAUGCAGAAAGAAGUACCCCCCAAGGGACGACCUGGACUCGGCUUGCUUAGAUCACGAUUACUGCGCACAAUGCGAUAACACACACAACUUCUUCCGAUUCUGUCACUGCGAGAAGGGGCUGGUUGAAAAUACUACGGCGGCGAAGUGCGUGACCGACCAAUGUAGGGGGUUCCGGGACCGACUCCUUGCAAUGUUCCAUGAGAUACCGUGUUACUGCAAGCCACGGGGCAAGAUCUGCAAGACGUGGUGGUUUGUCGGAGAUAACGAUUAUUGCUUGGUGAAAAACUAUAGGCAGUGCAAAUAGAAGUAAAUGUCACUUGACAUUAGGGGACUAUAGGCUGACUGGGCUGCGGGGCUGCGGGG